AUGGCCGCUACCAACGUUUCCCUCCCCAUCCCCACCAAGGCUGAUACCACCGUCCUCGGCCAGGCUGCCAAGUCGACCGACUCUACAUACAAGAUCCUCUACUUUGGACUCCACGGCCGCGGUGAAUUGACCCGUACCCUCCUUGCCUACAGCGGCGCCAAGUGGGAGGAGCUCCCUGUCGACUGGGCUACCCAGAAGGACCAAACUCCCUUCAAGUGCCUCCCCGUUGUCUACGAGACCACCCAAGACGGCACCAUCCUCGAAUUGGCCGAGUCCCAAGCCAUCGAGCGCUACCUCGCCAACAAGUACGGCCUCUACGGCAAGAAUGCCUACGAGACCCACAAGGUCGAGCAGAUCUUCUCUUCUGCCGACGGCGUCACCCAAACCUUCUCCCAAAAGAUCGUCGGUGUCGCCCAGGACAAGCGUGUCGAGGAAGCCAACAAGUUCUACGUCGAGGUCCUCCCCAAGUUUAUCGGUAUCCAUGAAGCCCACUUGGCCAAGAACGGUUCCAACGGACACUAUCUCGGAAACUCGGCUACGCUUGCUGAUAUCAAGGUUGCACACUUGAUCGAUCGUCUGUUGUUCUUGAGACCCAAGGGUGCCGAUGAGGUGCCCAUCUCGGCCGAGAAGACUCCCAACUUGUGGAAGGUUUUGGAGAAGGUUAACAGCCACCCUUCUUUGGCUGCUUGGAAGAAGAGUGAGCGCUACCAGGAGCUCAACGCUGGCACCUUGAGCAUGUUCAAGUUCUAA